CCUUUAACGGUCUAAUUAACUAAACCCACACUCACUCACUCUGCCGCCACCACACUGUCGGCAACGCCCACGUUACGCUCCAACCGCGACGGCGCGCCACCCAUUUCGCCUCCCUACACAAUGCAGCUCCACCGUGUCUCCGCCGCAUCGAAACUGAGCCUCACGUGCUUCAGCUUCGCCUUGAAAUUCGUGCUGUUGUACGCUGCGGAGGCACAGCUUCAGCACCGCGGCCCCGACCUACAUUGGUACCCCGGAACCGCCACCUGGUACGGCGACCCCGAAGGAGACGGCAGCACCGGUGGGGCAUGUGGGUAUGGAACAAUGGUGGAUGUGAAACCAUUCAGGGCUCGAGUGGGGGCAGUGGGGCCCUUGCUGUUCAUGAAGGGGGAAGGGUGUGGUGCGUGCUACAAGGUGAAGUGUUUGGACAAGAGCAUUUGUUCGAGAAGAGCAGUGACAGUGAUAAUUACGGAUGAGUGCCCCGGUUGCCCCUCUGACCAAACACACUUUGAUCUCAGUGGUGCCGCGUUUGGUCGCAUGGCUAUUGCUGGCGAGAAUGGUCCACUCAGAGACCGUGGUCAAAUCCCCGUCAUUUACCGCAGAACGCUGUGUAAAUAUCCUGGAAGAAAAAUUGCAUUUCAUGUUAACGAAGGCUCCACACCAUUUUGGCUAUCACUUCUGGUUGAGUUUGAGGAUGCAGAGGGAGAUAUUGGCUCCAUGCAUAUACGAGAAGCAGGGUCUACUGAGUGGCUACAAAUGAACCACCUUUGGGGUGCAAAUUGGUGCAUUAUUGGAGGACCUUUAAGAGGACCAUUCUCAGUGAAAUUGAGCUCCUCCACUGGGAGAAGCCUCUCUGCAAGAGAUGUUAUUCCAACUAAUUGGGUUCCAAAGGCCACUUACACCUCUCGCCUAAAUUUCUACCCCUAAUCACAUCCUUUGGUGCAAUUGGUACAAGAACUAGUACACCCAGGGCUUUUUCCCAAAGGGGGUAACUAAUAUUUAAUAAGUACAUUUUAACUAGUUAAAGCUGGUCAAGUCCCAUAACUCAAAAAUAGCAUGGGCUUCCAACUUUCUUUUUUCCCCUUUAUUUGCUAUAUAUACAUUAGAUUUUCUCUUCCCUUUUUUUUUUAUAAGAAAAGUAGCCACUUGGAGUGCACAAGGGCAUCCAAUGGUUCUAUUUCUUUCUUAUUUUUUUUUUAAUAUUGAAUUUGUAUACCUACUUUUCUGGUGUGUUGUAACAGCUGGUAGUAAAUGUAAUGUAGCCCUCUCCAAAUGGGAGAGAGAGCGUGUUAGUUUAGUAUCCUUUAAUUUCUUAUGGGGUUGAAUAUGUGUAAUGGUCCCAAUGGCUAUUUAAUGGAUAUUUUCUCUGGACCCAUGAAUGUUUUAACUUCCAUUGUGAUGA